CUCUGCGCAAGUCCACGACUCAAGCAGCAUUAUCGAGCCAUUGCUUGUCCGCCUGCGUUUCAUAUCAAUCACCACUCCCCGCCCUCUCCCCCGCCAUGGCCGGCCUCCUCAACAACCUGCAAGGCGUGCUGGGAGGUGCCAAGUCCUCCGUGGCCAGCGUCGUCUCGUCGGUUGAUGCCGAUGACUUCGCCGACUUCGCGACAGCAGCGUCACCCGUAGCGCCAAGUCAUGCUGCUUCCUCCGCCUUCGACGCGACCGCCGCUUCACCGACGCCCAAAGGCACCUUCUCGAACUUCGGCCAAGGUCUUCAAGGACGACCAUACACGAAAUGGUACCGCGUGUGGGAGCGCGUGACGAUUGCCGACUUCUACCAGGAGCUUGUCAUCCUUCCCAUCAUUGUAGUCGUCAUUCUCGUUAACGUCUGGGGAGCACGCGCGAACAAGAAGCGAGCGGCGCAAUGGGCCGAGUCAAAUCUUCCACAGCUGGAAUCAGAAUACGCGGCAGUGGGCUUCGGUGCCAAAGGCGCGAAUGGUCAGCCAACUUCGCUGUGGAGAGAGAAGAGCAAGAAUGAAUACAUCAGCUACGCCACGGGACGACAGAACGUGGCAUUCCUGGACGUCAAGCUCACCCUGUACAAGCGCUACAACCCAUUCAUCUGGUUCAUGGAGCUCGUAGCCUCUUUCUUUGUGGACAGCAUUGAGGCUCCUAUGGAGCGUUUGGAAGCUACUGCGUAUGCCUUCGAUGGCAAGGAGAAGAGCUUGGUUCCUGCUCAGGCGCAAAAUCAAGCUUCGCAGCACAAGGAUAGCACGUAUGACGGCUUCGUCUGGGCAGUCGUGCACAAGGAUAAGAUGAGGCAGCUGCGCAAUGAUCGAUUCGAUGUCAGCCUGGCCACCCAGAAAGAUCAUCCCAAGCUGCCACAGUGGGCGACGGUCAUGUCGGAGGGUGCCGAGAUUACUGAAGCUCUGCUCACGCCAGAGCUUGUCAAGGCCGUAACUGCUGUUGGUGAUGAGUUCGAGGCUCUGAUUGUGUCGGACAUGCCUGUCGAUGCGCCAAAGAAACUCAACGAACUCGUGCCCAAAAAGCGCGUUGAACUCCACACCCGCCUCUCCACCGGCCCAGCAGCCACAGAACUCUUCACCUACUUCCUCCGCAUCCCAGACCAACUCGUGACCGGCGCACACUUCCGCCCAGAAGCGUUGCGCAAAGUCCGCCAAACGCGUGAAGAGGAGGUACGUAAGAUCAAGAAGAUUGACGAUGAGGAGAAAGCACUCGAGAGAAGAGAGGCAAGCGACAAGCUCAAGAAGGAGGAGCGAGAUCGCAAGCUGAGCAGAAUGAGCGCGGAUGAGCAAAAGAAGUUUUUGGAGAAGGAAAAGGAGAAGACCCAGCGGAAGCAGACCAAGAAGCAGACUAUGAGAGGGUAGGUGUGUUCACACCUUUUCUCUCGAAGGGGCAGCUGUCAUUGGUUGCAGGAAGGCUUUGCAUAGCAUGGAGUGGAAGAUCGGCACAGAACAGGACUUGGAACGUAAGUAGAGCUGAUCUGUCAAAGAUACUUACUGUGUAGAAAAGACAUUACUUGUUCAAAAUUCAAACCAUGCGGCGAUCAGGA